AUGGAUUACUCACAGGGUCAAUCCAACCAAAAUACGCGUCAAGCCGCCGGAACACGCCGCUAUCGGUCAAAAUCCCAAAGACCAUGCGACUUAUGCCGCGCUCGCAAAGUCCUCUGUAACAUCCCUGACCCGACGCGACCAUGUCAGCUCUGUGAUCGCAUUGGGAGGGAGUGUACAUUUGUUGGGAAUCCAAACAAGAAGCCAAGGGAUAGUCGUGUGCGUAGACGGGCUGAGGCUGAGGUCCUCCCAUCUCCGAGUGCUAUGUUUGCUGCCCAAACCGGGACGUCUUUUGAGGCUCAACCAUACCAUGACAAUGGCAACCUAGACGGUGGGAAGUUUCUGUCUCUUCUUGGAAACCAAGCUAAUUGUGAUGCUACUAAAGAGACACAAACUCCUGUCAAUGAAGCUGGUACCGGUAUAACGUCUAUCGCUGACAUGUUAUCUCAGCCUAUCCUCUCUGGUGAAGCCGAUAUCGGCUGGGAUCUAGCAUUCAGCCAUCAAGACCAAGCAUUUGACUUUCUUACCGACGGCCAGCUACCUAGUUUAGACUAUGUGAACGAGCAGACACCGCCUGAGUUUCACAAUAUCGCGCAUUCACCAAACACAGCAACGACGACACAGGCUUCGACUAAUCAGUCCAUUCCAGUCGAGAGAUUAUCCAUGGAUCAAAGAGUAGAUUGCUCAUCUUCUCUCAUCGGAUUCUCCAACGAAUCAGAUCCGUUUUCACUCAACCAUUUUCCAUAUGGGGAAAAUGACGAAGUUGACUUUUUCCGUGUCACUUAUCGUAGACAACAGUCGGAAAACCAGGGACCAACACUUCACUUCCUGCAGAGUCAAAUUGCAACAUCCAUCGAAGGUCAAAAGGUCAUGGAAAAGUGCAUAAGCCCGCUUGAUGACAGGAAUCAUCUUGAAUCAUUGGUGGACAAGGAAACUGGGGUGGCUCUUGUUAAACUGCAAGUCGCAGACUCCCCUCAACUACGGCUAUAUUUCAGAUUCGUCUUUGAGUCCCUGCCUAUCUUAAGUCGAUCUCAAGUCCUUUCAGAUUUGGACGCCUUCGUUUCAACAGCAUCGACCGGCUUACUAGCAGGGAUAUACGCACUCGCCCUUCCCUUCACAUCGUGGGAUGAAAAGCUAUGUCUCGACAGCGCGUACUCUAAACCAGACAUAAAGCAGCUCUGGCAAGUCUCAUACACCUCUUUACAAAAAGAGCUCCAUUUUCCCCGUCUGUCUACCAUUCAGACAUACAUCCUUCUUCUCAACUAUACACCUUUUGAUGCAGUAUGUGUCGAAAAUCCGUUCGUUUGGUCCCUUGCCUCUUCGAUGCUCGCUAUGGCGCAAUCCUUGGGGUUGAAUGUCGAUCCGAAGGGCUGGAAAUUACCGGAUUGGGAGAUUAGGUUGCGAAGGAGACUAUGGUGGGCCGUUUAUGUAGAAUACACUUGGCGGGCUGUCACGCAUGGACGAUGUUCUAUGAUUUCGGACGAUGAUUGGAAUUUGGUGCCUUUGGUAGAGAAGGAUUUCCUGUUUGAUACAACAGCUGGCGUGCCCGACUACGCACAGUGUUUGUCUUGUGAUUACUUCGUUCAGCUUUGCUCACUCACAGAGAUAACCAGCCAAAUAUGUCGGCAAUUCUUCUCAUUACGGGCCGUGUCACGUCCACAGGUUCUUGAGAAUCUCCUUGAAAAAGCCCGGCGUCCUCGUCAGCAACUCCUACAGUGGCUCCAGAGCCUCCCUGGGUCCCUAAUCCUCGAGUCAGAAUCCGCUGGUAUAGAAGCUGAUACUGAUGACUCGAUCACAAGCCAUAGAUCCCUCUACGUCGCAUACUAUACUACUCAUAUCCUUAUCCUGCGUGCCCUUCUCCGACCUAUAAUCGAUAAGAACACGUCUCUUGAUCACCAUGCACAGGAAACAGUUUUACAGUCGUGUCGCGGUCUUGUCCAAACAGCCAUUAAGUUUAUACGCGGGCUAGAUGCAAGACACCAGUCUGCGUUUUGGCCAGCAUAUACAAGGAACUGUCUCGCAUAUCCCGGUUUGUUUUGUUAUAUGCUUUGUUUGCAGAAGAGGCAGCCGGAAAUGUCGUCGUAUGAACAGAAUCUGCUUGCGACGUGGAGAAGGACUUUGAGGACUAGAAUGCAGUCAUGGCCGUUUCUCCGUUUCGCUAUAGUCAAGGUUGAUGCAAUUUAUUGGAAGAAGCUGUACUAG